AUGGAAAAUCAGACUUCGUCGCCAUCGACAAGGGCAACGAGCCUGCGACCUGGACCAAACCGGAAGAGGAGCAACUCGUUACCUAACGUUAUUCAGGCGUUGGGAUGUUCAACCGUGGAGGCAGAACUGAUGCUGGCCGAGGGCAGGGCAGCUCUUCGUAGUCGACGUAACCCACGCAAUCGGUCGGUCCAUGACGAAGCUGUAACCGUCUUCGAUCCACGCGACCAUAUGAAGUACCUUGAUGGCUUUGCAAGGUCGGAAGAUGUUCAAGAGGAAACAUCGCCAUUACCAUCAGAGGUUGGCAGAAGCUUCCACAACAGAGUACCGUCUGAUACAACAGAUCGGAGCGAUUCGACUGUAGUUCCAACGCCUAACGACGACCAUCUCUCGAUCGAUUCUUCUUCCGUAAACUCGCUUGGGGACUACUCUGCCAACCUUGCCCAGUUCAUCAAAACUCAGUUGAAAUCCAUACCAACCUACAAACCCACCCAAGAAUCUACCUCGCCUGUCUGGCCGGUUUCGUCCCACUCGUGUCCGGACUUUUCUUUCCAACGACGCUCUCCUCCACCAUCACCAACCAUAAAUACACGAAGAACAACAGAGGCACCCACAGUCAUCGAGAUACCCGCUGUUCGACCACCGAUGCGAAGCGCCUUCUCAGCUUGGAGUUCAACUGGUGAUGAGGAGGUUGAUGAGGAGGUUGAUGAUGCGGUGCUUCCCUUGCCAGACAGCGAGCCAUUUACAAGAGAUGCCAUGUCCAAGACGAGUGCCAGCUCUACGCCUUCUAUUUUGAAGUACUACCAGAGCUCCAACAACCGUACGUUUCUUUUCACGUCAACACCGAUGCUGGAGCUCAAGGGCUUCAUCACACCUGAUGUAUCCACUCGGCAAGGUCCCUCUACCGAGCCAUACUCACCACUACAUGAGGAUGACGACAGCUACUCCUCAUCUCCUUCAUCGCACCCACAGCUCACAUCGUCAUCAGCGCCGUCUUUCACCUCAUCAACGUCCAAUGCAUCCUAUUUCGACUACAAAAAGCGACCAAUCUCCAUUGCACCGCAUAUGAAAGACCGUAUCAUCGCCGCUCUCACCCCUCCACAUCACAAAGGCCAAUUUCUCACUGCCAUAUCGCCAUUCGAAGGGACUGCUUUUUCAAACGUCCACAACGUGUUUGUUGAGUCGCAGCACCGCGUAUGCGUCGACGGUACAUCAUUCGACAUGUUGAGAGAUUUUACCUUCCCUAGCAGGGUCACAACACCCUGCUGA